CCAAAAGUUUCUGUGUGAUAAUGACAUCACUCUAUAAACAGCAUAUAAGCUCAAGUCGCCUUCAUUUACGCGUCAGGCAAAAACAAUAAAAAACAAUAUAUACGUCACACGCGUUUUUCUUUCAAUUUAAUUUCUAUAAAUUCGUCAACAAUGACUUGGACAGACGACGUCAAAAGAGCAGCUCACACAAUGAACCAAGACAUUGAAAAAGUUCGCAUCGGUAUCAAUGAAACGUUCGACAAAUGGGGAAAUGCUAUCCGUCGUAACGAUAAUACCGUUGACACAGAAGCAGCUCGAGAAGUACGGGCAGAGGAGAGAGAAAAGAAAUCACAAGAACGCCGCCGUAAAAGCGUUUCUUCAGUCCCGUCAACAGAACAAAACGAGUAUGUCACGAACGAGGCACCAACUGGAGUUCCUCUCAGUGCAGGCGGCCCUAAGCCCGUCGCUUAAUUGAUAUGGUUUGAUGACGCGCUUGCCUUUUUUGAUGUCCUUUUCAUGACCUUUCUCGGAUACGUUUGUAUUCUCACGCACAUUAUCCCUUGGCAAAUGCACUCUUUGCCGACUACAAAGCGGUCUUAAUUAGCAUUAAUGCCACUUUUCGCAUUAACCAUUUCGGUUUUAAUUCUAAUAACAUAUUUUUUUUUUGCUUCUGAUCGGUAA